AUGACCGCCGAGGCGCAGCCAGUGAAUCCGGAGGACCUGAAGGCGCUCAAGGAGCGAAUGCAGCUGAUCAGCGAGGCCGAUCCCACGCAGUAUCACAAUGACUUCUCGCUCAAGCGAUAUCUGCGGGCCUUCAAGACGGUGGACGCGGCUUUUCAGGCUGUGCUGAAGACCAACAAGUGGAAGGAGACUUACGGCGUGAAGGAUCUGGAGCAAAGUGCCGCCAUUCAGAACAACCUCAACAAGGCGCGCGUCCUCAAUCAUCGGGACAUCACUGGACGUCCUGUGAUCUACAUUCCGGCAAAGAAUCACAACACAUCCGAGCGAGACAUUGACGAGCUGACGAAAUUCAUUGUCUUCUGCCUGGAGAAAGCUUGCCAGAAGUGCUUCGAGGAAGUCACAGACAAUCUCUGCAUCGUAUUCGAUCUGGCAGAGUUCAGCACUUCCUGCAUGGACUAUCAGCUGGUGAAGAACCUCAUCUGGCUGCUGAGCAAGCACUAUCCUGAACGCCUGGGCGCGUGUCUGAUCAUGAACUCUCCCACGAUAUUCUCCACAAUUUGGCCGGUGAUUCGCGGGUGGCUGGACGAGAACACGUCCGGCAAGGUGUUCUUCGUGAAUUCCGAGGAGGAGCUCUGCAAGUACCUCAUCCCUGACAUCCUUCCCAACGACAUGUAGUGCGCUGGGGGGCGAGAAAAUGACCUUCGCUAUGUACAAAUGAGGGUUACACGUACAGUUUUCUGUCAAUUAUUUAAUUCCUUCUCCACUCUACAUGUAAUAAAUCGCUGACAAUGCACUUA